CAUCGUCAAGCCAGUCAUAUCUCCUCCCGUCGAGUAACUUCAGUGCCGUACAGUACGCUUCUGUGCCUCUGCCUUCUCGCCUCAGGUUCUCGUACCUUUGCACCACCACCGGGGGUACCGCCGGAACGCUCGUUGAGAGAAGAGCGCCAUGGCCCGUGUGGUGGUUGAAGGGAUGCCGGAGACGGCUGUCGGAGGAGGAAUGAUGCUGAACCGGCGGAGGAGCAAAGCCAGGCGGAGAAAGCGAAAGGAGUUGUUCGUCGUCCAGAUGUGCUUUGCGGGGGUACUUCUGGGGGUUGUCGUGGGGCUCAAGACGGUGGCACAGAAAGCAGGAUAUCAUGUUUCCAGCUCCAUGGUUGUGGAGGAGGCAAGAUGGGAGAGUCGUCACCUUCUACAGGAAGACAACCACUCCAAGCUGUACUCAGAGUCUGAGAAGAACUGCACCGAACCAGCAGUCCAUGAGUUCCCCAGGGAUUACUUCACCAACAAGCAGCGCACUGAAGGAGCAGUGGGCCUGCACGUCCUUUGUGCAGUCUACAUGUUCUACGCUCUGGCUUUGGUGUGUGAUGACUACUUUGUCCCAUCACUAGAGAAGAUAUGUGAGCGUCUUCAUCUUAGUGAGGACGUUGCUGGAGCGACCUUCAUGGCAGCAGGCAGUUCAGCGCCUGAACUGUUUACCUCUGUCAUUGGCGUUUUCAUCACUAAAGGUGAUGUUGGGGUCGGGACCAUAGUGGGAUCUGCUGUCUUCAACAUCCUCUGCAUUAUUGGAGUGUGUGGGAUAUUCGCUGUUCAGGUGAUCCGUCUUUCCUGCUGGCCUCUACUGAGAGACUCACUCUAUUACACCUUAUCAAUCUCUGCUCUUAUUGUGUUCAUAUAUGAUGAAAAAGUAGUUUGGUGGGAAGCUCUAACACUGAUCCUGAUGUAUUUUGUCUACAUUUUGAUCAUGAAGUUGAACUCCUACAUCGUCCGUUUCCUGGAGAGGAGGAAGAAGAACUCGACCACUUUGAGAAACGGUGCAGCCAAUAACGCUGAACUGGACGAUGGUUGUGAUGCUACAGCUGUUCUUUUAAAGAAAGCAAACCACCACAGGAAGACAUCUGUGCUAAUGGUGGACGAGCUGCUGUCAGCGUACCCUCACCAGCUGUCCUUCUCCGAGGCCGGUAUGAGGAUCAUGAUCACCAGCCACUUCUCCCCCAGAACUCGUCUCACCAUGGCUUCACGAAUGCUCAUCACUGAGAGGCAGCGUCUAAUCAACACACGGACUUUGACCAACGGUGAUUCAGAGGUCCCCGUGAAGGGAGGAAGCAGGUGGGGCAUAGAAAAUGGGCUGUCUGUGGCCGAGAGGGGUGUCGGCAUUCGGCAUGAUGACCGAGAGGCUGGCAAUGAGACAGAUAACGAAGACAACGAGAACAACGAGAAUGAUGAAGAGGAAGAAGAGGAGGAUGGAGAGGGACCAUUUGUACCAUUCCAAUGCCCAGUUGGUGGGUUUAAUAAACUGAAAUGGCUGCUGGCCUGGCCUCUGUCCCUGCUACUUUACUUCACCAUCCCCAACUCCUCCACACCUCGCUGGGAGAACUGGUUCAUGCUGUCUUUUGUUUCCUCCACACUGUGGAUCGCCAGCUUCUCCUACGUCAUGGUCUGGAUGGUAACAAUAAUAGGCUUCACACUCGGGAUCCCAGAUGUCAUCAUGGGUAUCACCUUCCUGGCAGCUGGCACCAGCGUUCCUGACUGCAUGGCCAGUCUUAUAGUGGCACGACAAGGAAUGGGAGACAUGGCAGUCUCCAACUCCAUCGGCAGUAACGUGUUCGAUAUAUUGAUAGGACUUGGUCUUCCCUGGGCCCUGAAGACCCUGGCUAUCAACUAUGGCUCUGAUAUCAAAUUAAACAGCAAAGGACUCAUCUUCUCCGUGGGGCUCCUGCUGGCAUCCGUAUUUAUGACAGUCCUGGGAGUUCACCUAAACAACUGGACGCUGAACAAACGUCUGGGUCUCAUGUGUCUCAUCCUCUACUCUAUCUUCUUGUGUUUCUCCUGCCUAAUCGAGUACAACAUCUUCACUUUUGUCAACCUGCCAACCUGCCGGGAUGACUGAGACAGCACAUACACAACACACUCACUGUGCACAUACUUACAUAAACAAGUGGUGUUUGCAAGGAAUUCAAAGAAAAGUAUUAAAUAGAUAGCUGAUGGUAACAAGCAGGUCAAAUUAAGAAUUAAUUGCAAAUACUAUUUGGCACAGGUCUGGUUCACACUGAUUUUUCUGUGGCUUAUUUUUCUGCUUGGUGCAAUAUGGAGCUGCUCUGGUGUUUACCCCACACCAGAACAGAGUGGGACUGAUUCCAGGAGUGGAGAUGGAAGCAACUAACACAUUACAAGUCCUCGUGCAAGGACAGCACUGAGGACAACACACUCUAUUCUACUACUCCUCGCUCCUGUCAUGAGGACCUUUUAUUUUGAAACUCCCUUUUUUUAGGUGUGAUGUUUCUAGCUGCUAACCUUUCCUGAGAGGAGAGGCGGGUCUUUUAGAUCUACUAGUUCAGAGUAAUAACAAUAAAAGCAAUGAUGUAAAGGGGUGGGAGGUGCAGACAAUGAAAGAUCUGUUUAGACAGUUUUAGGGCCACGAGUCUUCAUAAUCUGUUAUGCAGAUUUCAGACAGGGUUAACUUGAAUUUUUUUGUAAUUUCCAUCAUAUGCUCAUAAUUACAAGAGUUGUCCAUGUUAUGUUUUAAGACAUACACCAACAAGUUUCCACUUCAGCAGAAACAGGGCAUUAUCCCGUCACCUUUUUAUAAAAUAACUCACAGCUGUAGCUCAUAUGUUUCAUAUUGAUUAGCUUUAUGGAGAGUUUUUUUUCAUUAUCUUUCUGUAAAUAGCCCACCUAUGUAAAUACCCCCUCAGAUGUCCUAUUUAUUAUUUAUUCCUGUCAUACGCACAGUUCUCCUCUGGAGGUCACAAGGGCACCUGGGCAGGGUUUUAUUUGUGGUGCUGGGGAUCGCUGAAAUCCAGGCCGAAGAUCUCUGCAGAAAACCACUCACAUUCAAAACAAGCACAAUUUCCUGUGAGGGUAUUUUGCUGGUACAGUUUGAUCUGGAUGACUAGUUCUGCAUGUGGACAUGAGGUACAGAGUUCAAACUUGCACUGAAGAGCGGGAGAGCAAGAUGUCUACCUGCUAAUGUAUGCUGAUUAUAAGGAAAGCAUCCUUGUAAAAUGAAGCAGGUUGUGGGGAGUGGGUUCAGAUGUAUUUAUGUCUUUCCUGAGUGGGGAACUGCUGCUUUUUCUUUUCUUAAAGACACUGACCAAACAGACUCAAAACAGCGGUGGCAUUAUUAUAAACAACACCUGGGAGAGGUGUUUCCUCUGUGCUGGAUGGAUCAAUGUGCUGCUUCACUCCUCUGAGGAAGCGAGUGAUUUAAUUGGUAGUAAGGACUUUUUACCCCAAAAUCUUUAAGGUUGGGAGGAGUUUCAAAUUUAUAUUUCUCCAGGAGUUCUUUGUAUUUUGUAAUACCUAAUGUCUAGAUUUGUCCAGAUUUGGUAGGUUUGUGGCACAUAAAUAUUCCUACUUAGUUUUUAGAGCAUGUACAGUGUUGUUUGUGAAACCCUCCAGGGGAUUUUUAUUCCACAAAGGGGCCAGUAAAGUUGAAUUAUUCUUGAAAGACUUCCAUCAACACUUAAGUGACCGCUUAACAAUGAGUCUGAUGAUUCUUCUCUUUUCACACAGUUUGCAUCAACAUGUCAGCUUUUUUCUCCAGACAGGUUCAUUUCAAAUGUCAAGUGCCCUAUACUCUUUUAUUUCUCAUUGAGGGAAAACGAUUGCUCAAAGAAAAAAAAUCUGUUGUUUCAGGUACUUUAUUAAUUUAUUAAUCACAAAGAUAAAAUAUUUAAAACAGGAAAUGCUGUCAAUCGAAUGUAUAAAGAAGUCAUACUGUAGUAGUUAUAUAUCAUAGGUAUUUAUUUAUGUUCCAGGAACAGGCAGUACAGAGUACUCUGUGCCUGGAAAACAUGACCGGAAAACAGGGUUUGAAUCUUAUUUAAUGCAAUAACUUUGAGCUUACCAAUAUGUAAAUAUGGCGCUUUACUGAUCACACGUCAGUUUAUAGAGUUUAAAAAGGCACAUUCAAAUUGUAAAUUCCUGUUAAUAUCAUUGUUUAUGAAGUCAUCACCAACUGCUCAAACAAACCAAACACAACUGUUAUCACAGAGAAACCGACUGCUCAGAAUUUCUAAUAAGCUCAAAUCAUUAAGAGGUAGUGUGAGAAUGUUUUCCUGAUGGGAGACCUGAAUAUUUACAGUCUGAGGUGAUCAUUAGCAUUAAUUUGUUAAAUCAGGAUACAACUGUUAUUACACUUUGAACAUUUCCUUCAACAUUUCCCUGAAAGAACUUAACGAGGUGCUAAUUAAAAACCAAAUAAUGAGAAGACUUUUGUUGUGUAAUAACAGCUUCCGAGGUAUUCUGUGGAAGCCCAUUCCUUCCAAAAAUAAAAAGGUAAUAAAUAAAGGGAUAAAUUAAGCUAGGAAUAAAAAAUGAGAUAUUUUGUGGAAAAUUUAGAUUUUUUUUUUAAUCCAAAUUCCAACCAGCUGAUUACUGUUAAAUUCGAACACAACAGUUGGAUAUACAAACUAAAUCAAGAAGUGGAUCACCUAGUGGAAGUUCAUUCCUAACUCUCUGAGAUACGUUUUUACUCAGUAUCAUGCAUUUCAUUACCAACACGUUUCUAACACCUUUAUCAUAUAAAUAUAUCAUGCACUUUACUAUCAAAACAAUUUAUGCUACAGCUCAUUUGGUUCAAAUGUUGUGUGCUGCUAUUCACUGCAUGUAUCUACCAUGUUAAACAUGAGAUACUUUGAAACUAACCAAAACACGCUCUCAUUAUGAAAUGACACAUCUUGUAGAGGAGAUUUCUAAAUUAUUUGUGAUAUUCACAUGGGUGAUAUAUUGCUGAUGUACAUAUGUAUAUAAAUAGGUGUAAAUGUAUUUAUAUAUUUUUUGUCUCAGUCUGUAUAUCUGUUGAAUAUAUUUUCAUAGUUCCUAGGUCUCCACUGUACUCCCCUUUGUUUUGAUGUGUUUGUUGUCAUUUGUUUACUCGCAUGGAGAUAAUUCAGCAUAAUAAAUUAUUUAUGGUAAAUCUUAUUGUACUUUGGGAUGAGAGUAAAGCAUUUUUAGAUGGCACUGGAGUUUGUACUGGAAAUCCUAGGCAACUGCAUGCUGUGAUUAGCACAGGAUGUAAUAAGACAUGGAGUGUGUAUGCAGAUCAUGUUUUUGUGCAUAUCUAAGCUUUACCUCUUCCUACACAGAAACUUUUUAACAGAAAUGGUUUACUUUGUGUUUAGAUGUCUCAAAUGUAAUUUUAGAUCAUUUUGCUACCUGAGCAUUAAUAAAAUUGUCAUUGCUUAAGGUAACACAA